CAAUUUCGAAAUCAACGAAAGUAACUCCGUUUAAAAAAGCCAAACCCCACCACUCAAAUUUAAAGACUAUAUAUAUGUAUAACUAACACCAAAUUUAUUUUCUCAUACACAAAACUAAGUAUCCAAAGUAGUGUUACCAAAAUCAAAGAAAGUAGUUUUGAAAUUCGAUAAUGGCCACCCAAAACCUUGGAAAGAAGACUGCGUGUGUUGUGGGCGGCACUGGGUUCGUCGCUUCUUUGCUUGUUAAGCUUUUGCUUCAGAAAGGCUAUGCCGUCAAUACCACUGUUAGAGACCCUGAAAAUAAGAGAAAGAUCUCUCACCUCAUAGAACUACAAGGUUUGGGGGACCUAAAAAUUUUUGGAGCAGAUCUAACAGAUGAAGUAAGCUUCGAUGCUCCUAUAGCAGGAUGUGACCUUGUUUUCCACAUUGCUACACCAGUUAACUUUGCUUCACAAGAUCCGGAGAAUGAUAUGAUAAAGCCAGCAAUCCAAGGGGUACAUAAUGUGUUGAAAGCAUGUGUGAGAGCAAAAACUGUUAAGCGUGUCAUUUUGACAUCCUCAGCAGCUGCUGUAACAAUCAACAAGCUCAAUGGGACAGGUUUAGUCAUGGAUGAAAGCAAAUGGACUGAUGUUGAGUUUUUGAGUACUGAGAAGCCACCUACUUGGGGUUAUCCUGCCUCCAAGACAUUAGCUGAGAAAGCAGCUUGGAAAUUUGCUGAAGAAAAUAAUAUUGAUCUCGUUACUGUGAUCCCUACUCUCAUGGCUGGUGCAUCACUCACUCCAGACGUCCCUAGCAGUAUUGGUCUAGCAAUGUCUUUAAUUACAGGAACUGAAUUCCUCAUAAAUGCAUUGAAAGGUAUGCAAAUGCUGUCAGGUUCAAUAUCUAUCACACAUGUGGAGGAUGUUUGCCGGGCUCAUAUAUUUUUGGCUGAGAAAGAAUCUGCUUCUGGUCGAUACAUAUGCUGUGGUAUCAAUUCCAGUGUUCCUGAGCUUGCAAAGUUCCUCAAUAAAAGAUAUCCUCAGUACAAAGUCCCAACUGAUUUUGGGGAUUUCCCCUCUAAGGCCAAGCUGACCUUAUCUUCAGACAAACUUAUCAAAGAGGGGUUCAGUUUUAAGUAUGGGAUUGAGGACAUUUAUGACCAAACUGUGGAGUACUUCAAAGCCAAGGGCCUGCUGCAGAUAUAAGACCCAAUGGAUUAGGAGCCUAGUGAUGCUCUGGCUUGGUUUUUAGCCCUAUUGUGUAAUAACAUCUAAAUUUGCUUGAGUUCAGUAUAAUAAAUAGUUCAUUUACCAAUAA